AUGAAUAAAGGUGGCUUGGAAGAAGCUAAUCGAAUACUCAAUUUAGCGCUUGAAGAGCUCAAUUUUAUCGUUGAUGGUGCUGAACAGAAAGGUGGCAUCGAGAUUGCUGAAACGAUUUUUGAAACGAAACGACAAAUGAAUAAUAAUGACAAUAGCGCCCCAGAAAAAGCUAAUGUUGCAGUAGGUGAUGUGCAGGCAUUAAAUUGGAAUUCGUCGGUGAAUAAUUGGAUGGAUUAUGAAAACGAUGAUCAUCGAGAUUCAGGUACAAGUAGCAGUGAUGGCAUGCCUACUUCAGAUGCUCCUACCUCAUCUACUACCUCAACUAACAUCAGUAUUUUUGAUACCCUUCUGCAGGCAAUUGAUCGAAACGAGAUAUCAAGUAGACCUGAUCUAGAAACUCGAUUGAAAAUUAUGAAUUGGUUAUGUGCUACGGAGGAAAUUAGCAAAAUGAGCCCGUCACCAUCUAUGUCAACAGCAUCUUGUCCAGAAUAUCCAGAAUUGCAAGAGAAAUUGCAUCGACUGGCAAUGGCUCGUGAUAGUUUGUCAUUGCAGGUAACAAUAUUAACAGAACAAGUCGGUGCUCAGAAGGAAAAGAUACGUGACCUGGAAAAUCUUUUGGCAACUAAAGCGAACAAUUUGGAUUCAACCGAAGAAUUGCUACAAGAGCGUGUUGAUAGCAACGGUGAUUUGGAGUCGAGAAAAUUGGAUCUCUUAGCGGAAGUCUCGAAUUUAAAACUCAAAUAUGCUACCUUGGAAAAGGAGAAAAUGGAAACAGAGCGAAAACUUCAACUUUCUCAGGCUGAGAUUGAACAUUUAAAUCAAACAAUGCAAGGUUUUAUUAUGCAACAUGCUCUCCCUCCACAGAUUUACAAGACUCAGAUUCAUUCCCAAUUGCCAUAUCAGCAAGUGCUUGGUGGUAAUGUCGGUGCGGAAACUGAUCAAGCAACUGAAAUGGUACAUUUACGAAUGGCCGUACAACGACUUAUUAUGGAUAAUGAACAAAAAAAUAUCCAAAUUAGUUCGUUGAGAAAUGCCUUAGAUGAGCAUUGUCGUAACGGACGUGAUGGUGAUGUUUGUGCAGUACCUGCGAUCUCUUUGCCACGUUGUUACAUUCAAAAUAAUUUCGAAACUCCUCAACCGUUCGAUAUCAAUGCUCAGCUUAGACGAUUACUGCUUGAUGACGCGAACGAACAUAUUGCUCAUUCUUCAUCUUUCCCAACCAGUCUUUGUAAUGCCCAGCAGCGAAGCGCUAUCGCCUCAAGAGCACCUUCAGCAGUACAGUCAUCAUCAUCCUAUACCUCAUCAUUAUCAGCAGCAUCACCGCAACAUAGUUGGUCGAAUUCGGGUACUCCAAGAUUACAAACUAAUUACGAUCCUAGUAUCACUCUACCACCUCUUUCAUCCAGAGCAAUUAGUCGUACUGCUCCCAGCUAUCAUUCACCAUCAUCUCCGGCUGCUCGACAAUUGGCUGCUGAACUAGAUGAAUUGCGCCGUAUCGGAAAUGAAAUGCAACAUAAGCACGAUACAUUUCAGAAUCCAAGUUUUUCCAGGUCGUUCGCGCGUAAGGCUGCUUCAACUUUAACACUACCACGUAAAAAGCUUUCUGCAACAUCUUCGGGAGGUAUAUCAGCCGAAAGUGAUGAUGAAAUAAUGCGAGGAGUACAAACCAGAUCUUCCAUUGAAAUUGGAAAAUUUAAACGUGGAAAAACAAGAUCUUCAUUAAAGAAUUUAUUUGGCAAACUCACAAGAAGUGCUUCGCAAGAAAUUAAAUCUGUUGAUUUUCAACAUACGGGUGGCUUGAGACCGGCACAUUCAUCACGGAUACCUAUUUACGGACCAAUAUCCGGCGCUAUAGCACUUCGACCACCGUUACAACAGUUUGUUGAUUGGAGCAAAGAGCAGAUUUGUGAAUGGAUGGCGGAAAUUGGUUUCAGCGUUUAUGUACCCGAAGUUGAGCGUUUUAUACGUAGUGGUCGACAUUUGUUGAAUAUGACAAAUCAAGAAUACGAAAAGGAAUUACUUAUGAGGAACCCGUUACAUCGAAAGCGUUUCCGUUGCAUAUUGACUAGUAUAAGUCGUGGUAUUAAAGAUUCUGCGGAUCGUAUGGAUUUGCAUCAAGUUCUGUUGUGGUUAGACGACAUCGGACUACCACAGUAUCGUGAAAGUAUGGCUGAAAAUAUGAUUGACGGCCAAAUGUUAACACUAUUAACUGCGCAAGACUUGAUCGAAAUGAAAAUCACUUCUGCUCUUCAUCAUGCGACAAUCGCUCGUGGCGUACAAUUCCUACGAUCGGUUGAUUUUUAUCCAAAUCGUUUGGAAAAGAGGUUUAAUCCAGAUUUAAUCCACAAAGGAGCAUGUCCAGGUGAAGUAGAACGAUGGUCACAUCAUUGUACAUGUGAAUGGCUAAAGGCAAUUGAUUUAGCUGAAUUUACACCUAAUCUUUUAUGUGCCGGAAUUCAUGGUGCACUGAUGGUGCAUGAGCCAACUUUCACUGCAGAAACAUUAGCUGAAGUAUUGCAAAUGCCUGCUCACAAAACGCUUCUUCGACGUCAUCUUGCAACUCAUUUCAAUCAGUUAUUAGGUCAAGAGGUAAUUAGUCAUAAGAGAGCUGUGCUUGCACAACCACUUGUCGUCCAAAUGUCUCCCUUAUUGAAAAUUAAGCUCCUGAAGAAAGGUUUCCUUUUGUCACGUAAGAAAGGAAAAAAUGAAGUGUAUGUUGAGCCAGACGAACCAGUCUGUCCACCUUCUGAUUCAAAAUCCAUCUAUAAAAAACAAAUUACGGAAAGUAUUCUGGAUUCGCUUGAAUCAUCGAACGUAUAA